UGAGGCUUUCCGGCAACUGCUAGCAGUCAGGAAAUUGCCCUGUGAGGAAAAUUGUGGUUUCUUUAAACUGCUGUCGCGUAUCCACUGCUAGCUAAUAUAAUAUUUCAGUUUGGACACACUUAUUGAAAAUGCAGAGUGAGAAGCAGGAUCCAGUAAAUUACUACGUUGGGAUUGAUGUUGGAACGGCAAGUGUUCGUGCAGCUUUGGUAGACCAAUUUGGGACAAUAGUGGCACAUGCAGAUCAGCCAAUCCAAAUUUGGGAACCCCAACCAGACCACUAUGAGCAAUCCUCUGAUGACAUCUGGGCUGCUUGUUGCACAGUGACAAAGAAAGUCAUCCAACAAGUAGAGGUUGCCUGGAUUCGAGGGCUCGGUUUUGAUGCUACGUGUUCACUUGUUGUUGUGGAUAAGCAGUUUCAGCCCUUGGCAGUUAAUUAUGAAGGGGAAUGUAAAAGAAACAUCAUUAUGUGGAUGGACCAUCGUGCAGCCAGUCAAGUGGACAGAAUCAAUGGAACGCAACACAGUGUUUUGAGCUAUGUCGGGGGAGCGAUGUCUGUAGAAAUGCAGCCGCCUAAGUUGCUGUGGAUGAAAGAAAACUUAAGACAGUCUUGCUGGGAAAAGGCAGGCUACUUCUUUGAUCUUCCAGAUUUCUUAUCAUGGAAAGCAACAGGUGUCACUGCAAGGAAACCAGUCCUGUCUCCUGGAAGCUUCUGUUGGAAAUGGCCUACGCCAGAGGCUGCAAAAGACCUCGGUCUUGCUGAAGGGACUGCAGUAGCAGCAUCUCUCAUUGAUGCACAUGCUGGAGGACUAGGAGUGAUUGGAGCAGAUGUGAAAGGAUAUAACCUGCCCUGUGAAAAUCAGCCAGUUACGUCCCGGCUUGCUGUGAUCUGUGGAACAUCUUCCUGUCACAUGGGGAUAAGUGAUGCUCCCAUUUUUGUGCCUGGUGUUUGGGGUCCCUAUUACUCAGCCAUGGUGCCUGGAUUCUGGUUGAAUGAGGGAGGCCAAAGUGCUACAGGAAAACUGAUAGAUCACGUAGUCCGAGGCCACGUUGCCUUCCCAGAGUUACAAGCAAAAGCUGCAGCCAGUGCUCAAAAUAUAUAUACAUACUUGAACAGUCACCUGGAUCUGAUUAAGAAAUCUUUGCCUGUGGGUUUCCUCACUGUUGAUUUACACGUUUGGCCAGAUUUCCAUGGUAACCGAUCUCCCUUAGCAGAUCUGACACUGAAGGGCAUGGUUGUUGGACUGACAUUGUAUCAAGGCCUUGAUGAACUCGCACUUAUCUACUUGGCCACAAUUCAAGCCAUUGCUUUGGGAACAAGACAUAUUUUGGAAACUCUACAGUCUGCCGGGCAUCACAUCAGCACUCUCUUUCUGUGCGGUGGACUGAGCAAGAAUCCACUCUUUGUGCAGAUGCAUGCUGACGUUACCGGCAAGCCCAUUGUCCUGUCCAAAGAGGUGGAGUCUGUUUUAGUUGGUGCUGCUAUUCUUGGAGCUUGUGCUUCUGGAGAUUUUGCUUCGGUACAGGAGGCCAUGGAGAGAAUGGGAAAAAUCGGGAAAAUCGUGCAACCAAACCACAGGGAUAAAAGAUUUUAUGACAAGAAGUAUGAAGUGUUUCUGAAACUUGUUGAACAUCAGAGAGAGUAUAAAGCCAUCAUGCAAGGCGUAUAAUCAACAGUCAUAUAGUCUGGGAACUACAGGGAUCAAAGAAUUUCCAGAGGUUUACAAUUAAAAGUUCAUAGGAAUUUUGUCUCAUUGUGUCAUUCAAUUUAAAACAAAAUUGUUCUUUCUAAUUUUAAUGUAAAAAUCUAGUACUUUCACUACGUGCCGUUGCACUGAGUAAUCUGUCAAGCCACUGCACGCCAUUGGACUAUAGAUUGGGGUUCUCAACCUAUUUCUUUCUGAGCCCCCCCAAUAUGCUAUAAAAACUCCACAACAACGUUUUUUCUGCAUAUAAAAGCCAGAGCCGGCAUUAGGGGGUAGUAAGCAGGGUAAUUGUCCAGGGCCUCAUGCUACAAGGGGUAGGGCGAAGCUAAGUUGUUCAAUUGUUGGUUUCAGCCCCAGGUAAUGGGGUCUGGGGCCCUGGGCUACAGUCUUGCGUGGCGGGGCUUUGGCUUUCUGCCCUGGGCCCUAGCGAGUCUAAUACCGGCCAGGCUCGGUGGACCCUCUGAAACCUGCCCCAGACCCCUGUUUGAGAACCACUGCUAUAGAGACCAUUGACUCCAGUUAAAAAAA